AACCCCCAAAAAAAAAGCACCAAUGGCAAAACCCAAACCCAUUUCUCUAUCCACAUUUUUUUGUCUAUCUUUUUUUCUCCUAACUCUGUCUGCAUCCUUAACAUUUUCAAGACCAACAAAACAAACAAACUCAUAUUUGUUAACCAAUUUCCUUAACUGCUUCACACAACACACAACAAACUCAUCCGACAUUGUUUACUUCCAAACAAACCCUUCAUUUUCCACUGUCCUCAAUGAUUACAUCCGAAACGCACGUUUCAACAAAACCACAAUACAAAAACCAUUAAUCAUAAUAACAGCAAAAACACCAUCACACGUUCAAUCCACUGUCAUAUGCUCCAAAUCAAUAAACCUCCAAAUCAAAAUCAGAAGCGGAGGACACGAUAAUGAAGGCAUUUCAUAUGUCUCAAAUCAAUCACCCUUUAUCGUACUCGACAUGUUCAAUCUUCGAACUAUCAAUGUCGAUAUUGAAAGAGAACAAGCAUAUAUUCAAGCCGGCGCUACGAUCGGUGAACUUUAUUAUAGAAUUUAUGAAAAGAGUAAAGUUCAUGGAUUUCCUGCUUCUGUUUGUCCAACUGUUGGUGUUGGCGGUCAUGUGAGUGGUGGAGGGUAUGGAACAAUGUUGAGAAAAUAUGGUUUAGCAACUGAUAAUAUUAUUGAUGCUGAGAUUGUUGAUGUUAAUGGUAGGAUUUUGAAUAGGAAAUCAAUGGGUGAAGAUGUUUUUUGGGCUAUUAGAGGUGGUGGUGGUGCUAGUUUUGGUGUUAUUUUAUCAUACACUGUUCAAUUGGUUUCUGUUCCAGAGAUUGUUACAGUUUUUAGGAUUGGGAAAACAUUGGAAGAGAAUGCUACUGAUCUUGUUGUUCAAUGGCAACAGGUUGCUCCUACAACAGAUGAAAGGCUUUUCAUGAGACUAUAUUUGCAGCCUAUAACAUCUAAUACUUCUAAAACAUUGAGUGCUUCUGUUGUUGCUGUGUUUCUUGGUGGUGCUGAUGAAGUUGUUGAGAUUUUGGGAAAAGAAUUUCCACUUUUGGGUUUGAAAAAAGAAGAUUGUCUUGAAUUAAGUUGGAUUAAUUCUGUUCUUUGGUAUUAUAAUGAUCAGAGUAUUAAAAGUGGUGCUAAACCUGAGAUCCUUUUGGAUAGGAAUGUUAAUUCAGCUAUUUAUGGUAAGAGAAAAUCUGAUUAUGUUCAAAAAGCUAUUCCCAAAGAUUCGUUGGAAUUGAUUUGGAAAAAGAUGAUUGAGUUGGGAAAUAUUAGUUUUGCUUUCAACCCUUAUGGUGGAAAAAUGGCUGAGAUUGCAUCUGAUGCAACACCUUUUCCACAUCGUGCUGGAAAUUUGUUCAAAGUUCAAUAUUAUGUGAAUUGGAUGGAUGGAACAGAAGCUUCUGAAACUAACUACUUAACUCAAAGUAGAUCGCUUUAUAGUUUCAUGACACCUUAUGUGUCAAGUAAUCCAAGAAGUGCUUUUUUAAAUUAUAGAGACCUUGAUAUUGGAAUUAAUCGUUUUGGUAAGAAUAGUUAUCAAGAAGGUCAGGUUUAUGGUUAUAAGUAUUUUAAGAAUAAUUUUGAUAGGCUUGUUAAGAUUAAGACUACUGUUGAUCCUGAAAACUUUUUCAGGAAUGAGCAGAGUAUUCCUGUUCUUCCUCGUAAGCCUUAGGGUCCAUGGACAUGACAGCAUAGAGACAUGAUGUAAUAAGGAAUACGAUAGAGACAUGAUAAGAAGUUAUUGUGUCGUGUGUUUGAUGUGCACGUUAUAACAAAUUUGAUAAGAUUAAUCUAUUAUAUUCUGUAUUUGAUACACAACAGAUAAUUAAAUAAUAUGAUUUAUAUUGAAAUAAAAUAAAAAAUUUAUCCGUAUAA